CCCGACUCGGGGAGCCCGUGCCAUGGGUGGGGUUACGGCUAGAAAGCGCUCACCUAACUGGCUGCUUCUUCCCGGAACUUCCUGCGUCUUGACUUUGUGGAUGGCGUCACUGGGAACCUGAACAGCCGCGUGCGUUUUGCAGUUCGGUGAGGAACUUACGAGACAAUGGCCAAGAACAAAUUAAAAGGGCAGAAGUCCAGGAAUGUAUUUCACAUAGCCAACCAAAGAACCUUCAAAGCUAAAAAUAAGGCAAAACCAGUUACUACUAAUCUUAAGAAGAUAAACAUUAUGAAUGAUGAAAAAGUCAACAGAAUGAACACAGCUUUUGUAAAUAUACAGAAAGAACUUGCAAACUUUUCAAAAAGUCUUUCUCUUAAAUCUGUGCAGAAAGAGCUGAAGCACCGUGAAAAUGAACCAGCUAAUGUUGAUGAAGCGACAAGACUAAUGGCUCAAUUGUAAUCUAGUGACAGUUAUCACAUUCCCCCAAAGAUCAAUAAACUGAAUGCUCACUCAAUUGUAAUCUAGUGACAGUAUAUCACAUUCCCCCAAAGAUCAAUAAACUGAAAGCUCACUCAAUUGUAAUCUAGUGACAGUAUAUCACAUUCCCCCAAAGAUCAAUAAACUGAAUGCUCACUCAAUUGUAAUCUAGUGACAGUAUAUCACAUUCCCCCAAAGAUCAAUAAACUGAAUGCUCACUCAAUUGUAAUCUAGUGACAGUUAUCACAUUCCCCCAAAGAUCAAUAAACUGAAUGCUCAUACAACUU